AUGUCAGACGCACAACCUCCUAACGGCGGCAACGGCGAUCAGCCGCCCGCUGGCAACCCAUCACAACCUGGCCCAUCAUCGUCCACCGUUGCUGUUGCCGAUGGCGACACAAAGAUGGCUCCCGCCGAGCCCGAAGAGGAGCCGCUCGACGACGAGAUCCUCAACGCGUCGAUCGACGAGAUCCAGACGCGCACCCGUCUGCUCGAGAACGACGUCAAGGUGAUGCGCAGCGAGCACAUGCGUCUGAUGCACGAGCAAUCCUCCAAGCGUGACAUGAUCAAGGACAACUCGGACAAGAUCAAGCAGAACAAGAUGCUCCCCUACCUCGUCGGCAACGUGGUCGAGAUCCUCGACAUUGAUCCGGACGUGGACGAGGAUUCAGAGGAGGGCGCGAACGUGGAUCUGGAUGCACGGAGGAAGGGCAAGUGUGCGGUGAUCAAGACGAGUACGCGGCAGACGAUCUUUUUGCCCUUGAUCGGGUUGGUGCCUGCGGAAGAGCUGAGGCCCGGCGACCUGAUCGGUGUCAACAAGGACAGCUAUUUGGUGUUGGACAAGCUCCCCGCAGAGUACGAUUCGAGGGUUAAGGCGAUGGAGGUGGACGAGCGACCGACUGAGACGUACACGGACAUCGGUGGGUUGGACAAGCAGAUCGAAGAGCUAGUCGAGGCGAUCGUGUUGCCGAUGCAGCAGGAGCAGAAGUUCAAGAACCUGGGUAUCCGACCACCCAAAGGUGCGCUCAUGUACGGACCACCCGGUACGGGUAAGACGCUACUUGCGCGUGCGUGUGCGGCGCAGACCAACGCGUGCUACCUCAAACUCGCCGGUCCGUCGCUGGUCCAGAUGUUCAUUGGUGACGGUGCCAAGCUCGUCCGCGACGCCUUCGAGCUGGCUAAAGAGAAAGCACCCGCCAUCAUCUUCAUCGACGAGCUCGACGCGAUAGGAACGAAGCGUUUCGACUCGGACAAGUCCGGAGACCGCGAGGUGCAACGAACCAUGCUGGAACUGCUCAACCAGCUCGACGGCUUCUCGUCCGACGAACGCAUCAAGGUCAUCGCCGCCACCAACCGAAUCGACAUCCUCGACCCCGCCCUGCUCCGCUCCGGCCGUCUGGAUCGCAAAAUCGAAUUCCCACUGCCUAACGAAGAGGCGCGAGCAAGAAUCAUGGAGAUCCACAGCCGAAAGAUGGCUGUGGGACCCAACGUCAACUUUGAAGAGCUCGCCAGGUCGACCGACGAGAUGAACGGAGCACAACUCAAAGCGGUGUGCGUCGAAGCGGGAAUGAUCGCGCUCAGGGAAGGCGCCACCGUGUUGGACCACGAACACUUCCACGGCGGCAUCCAGGAGGUUCAGGCCAAGAAGAAGAACGACCAGUUCUACUUUUCCUAA